UUUCAUCGGCAGGUGGCAGCAGCGCAAAAACACCACCAAAAAAAAAACACCCAAACAUCCUCGUGAAGAAGAAUCAAACCCGGAAAUGACGUAAGGUGCAGAAUCAAAACAGUUAACAUUUGACAGCUCCGCUAAAUCCGGAUAAAAUGCGAUGGAAAAUGUAAGUGCCGCUGUCAAAAACAAGCAACACUAUUCAACCAACGUCUUUAGAUACUGGAGCGACUUUUCGCCGGACUGUCGCGGGAUGCAAAUCAAAGGAAAAGGUUGUUUCGGCUAGUUUUAUCCGCAGCUCCUCUCUGUGUAACUAACCUGUUAGCUUCCACGGCUAAUGGAAGUUGCUCCAUGGCUCUCUAUGGGCUGAACAUGACCAUAUAUAGCCCGGCCACAGAGCUCCCUCGCCGGUGAAAUGUAAACGGUGACUCGCUGCGGAGGCUGACAAAGCGCAACGAAACCAAAACUCAGCCUGGGAGAAAAAAAAAAACAGCUUCAGGAUGUCUUCUGAUAAGAUCAUCGCCAUCAUGAUGGAUGACAAAAUCUACGAGGUGAAUAAAAAGAAGCUGAUAGAGAAAAGUGACUACUUCAGGGCGCUGUACAGCUCCGGGAUGAGGGAGUCCACGGAGGACUCCGUGCAGCUGCAGGGGCUCAGUGUCCCCGGCCUGGAGCUGGUCCUGGAGUUCAUCAACACCUCCAAGGUCCAGGUCGUCAACGAGACUCUGGAGGACCUGAUUGAGACCGCAUCCUUCCUACAGGUCACCUCCAUCCUCAAGCUCCUCACCUCGGAGAUCCGUCUGGACAACUGCGUGGAGCUGUACAGCCUCUCUGAAGUCUACGGGACUCAUGAUCUGCGUAACGCUUGCCUCAAGUACAUGACCUGCUACUAUCACCCCAUGCUGAGGCGGCCGGAGUUCAGCAGCCUCCCCUCCGCUGUCAGAGACCAGGUCAGAGAGAUGCGCAUGAAAGGCACCGCCACCCUGGUAGCCAUCGGAGACUUCACCUGUCUGUCCCUGGAUGUCCCGGAUCAGGAUGAACCCUGGUCCAUGCUGCGGUACGGAGAGGUGGAGCAGCGCUGGAAACCGCUCGCAAACAACCUGCCUCCUGAUAUGAUCAACGUGAGAGGAUACGGCUCGGCCGUGCUCGAUAACUAUCUGUUCAUAGUGGGUGGAUACAGGAUGACGAGUCAGGAGAUCUCUGCGGUGCACUGCUACAACCCCUGCAGGAACGAGUGGAACCAGGUGGCUCCGCUCAACCAGAAGAGGUCCAACUUCAAGCUGCUGGCAGUUCAGGGGAAGCUGUACGCUGUAGGAGGCCAGAGUCUGGGUGCAGUGGAGUGUUACAGUCCAGAACAGGACUGGUGGACCUGCGUGUCCUCGAUGCCCGACCCGCUGGCUGAGUUCUCUGCCUGUGAGUGCCAGGGGAUGAUCUACGUCAUGGGUGGAUACACUGCAAGAGACCGGAACACAAGUGUCCUCCGUUACUGCCCGACCUCUGACGCCUGGACGGUGUACCGGUCCUGCCCGGCGCACAUCCGCAAGCAGCAGAUGCUCUCGGUGGAGGACACCAUCUACCUGGUGGGCGGCUACACUCACGAGCUGGAGGCGGGCCCGCGGCAGCGCCGCCCCAGCCAGACGGAGGAUGUGCUGACAGUGCAGUCCUACAACGUCUCCACGGGGGAGUGGAUCCAGUUGAAGGAGAACACGUCCAAGUCGGGCCUGAACCUGACGUGCACGCUGCACAACGACGGCAUCUACAUCAUGAGCCGGGACGUCAGCCUGCCCACCAGCCUGGAGCACCGCGUCUUUCUCAAAUACAACAUCUUCUCUGACGCCUGGGAGGCCUUCAGACGCUUCCCGGCUCUGGGCCAGAACAUGCUGCUGUGUUCGCUUUACCUCCCCAACGUGCUGUGACUGAGAGGCCUGACGGGACCAACAGAUAAUGGAGCCCAUUAAUGUAGGCCAGUGUGUGGCUGGCUUGUUUUGGCACAGAACAGGGCUCUGUGGCAUUAGUGGGAACAGUGUCCGGUUGCCAGGUUGAACGCCUCGUGACCUUUGUGCCUAAAUGAAACGCACUACACUGUACAUACUGCUGAGGAUGCAAAUACAAAUGCUUCAAUGACAAGUAUGAAAGUGAUGAAGCGCAAUGGCCCGUAGGUCAACAGCAUCACAACAGCUCACUCCAGUUUGCGCCUCUCAUGCAUUUACUUUAGUUACUGUGAAAAUCAUGCAUUUCUCUGAGAAAUAAGUAUCUGGAAGGUCUGAAGAAUUCAGAAGGUCUUUAACACUUUGAAACCUCAGCAAAUAGUCUGGAUUUCUUUUUAAAAAAAUGG